UAUAUAGUCAGGUGAAGAUUGUCUCUGUAGAGGCUUCUGGAUGUGGUUGUAGGAAGCAUGGACUGUGCAAGCUCGCACUGAAGGAGGACAAUAGGAUGGACUUACAGUCUUGAAAUAGAGUGUUUGGAAGAGCUGACCUUGGAGCAGAGCAUUGCCGAGUAUCUGAAAGAUGUCAACGACCCUCGCUGCUGCUCGGAGACCUUGGGGAUGACCUGCACCCACUAGCAUGCCUGGAUGGUUCAAAAAGGCGUGGUAUGGGCUGGCGUCUUUACUCAGCUUCUCCUCCUUCAUCCUGAUCAUCGUUGCCCUGGUAGUGCCCCACUGGGUGAGUGGGAAAAUCCUUUGUCAGACUGGAGUGGAUCUGGUCAAUGCCACAGACAGAGAGCUGGUCAAGUUCAUUGGGGACAUUUACUACGGGCUCUUCCGAGGGUGUAAGGUGCGGCAGUGUGGGCUCGGGGGCCGCCAGUCCCAAUUCACAAUCUUCCCACACCUGGUGAAGGAGCUCAACGCAGGCCUUCAUGUGAUGAUUCUGCUGCUCCUCUUCCUGGCCUUGGCCCUGGCUCUGGUCAGCAUGGGCUUUGCCAUUCUCAACAUGAUCCAGGUCCCAUACCGGGCAGUCAAUGGUCCUGGGGGCAUCUGCCUAUGGAAUGUCCUGGCAGGCGGCGUCGUGGCAUUAGCCAUCGCCAGCUUCCUGGCUGCAGUGAAAUUUCACGACCUGACGGAACGAAUCGCCAACUUUCAGGAGAAGCUCUUCCAGUUUGUGGUGGUGGAAGAACAGUAUGAAGAGUCGUUUUGGAUCUGCGUGGCCAGCGCUUCGGCCCACGCCGCAAACUUGGUCGUGGUGGCGAUCAGUCAAAUUCCCCUCCCUGAGAUUAAGACCAAAAUCGAAGAGGCCACAGUCACGGCUGAGGAUAUCUUGUAUUAAUAGCCUUCCCCUGUUCACACCCUGUCCUAAGUCAGUUCUGUGUGUGAAUGGAGUCCUCAUGUUUUUGCAGCCUUCCCACUCCAUCAUGGCUAUGUUCUCAGCAGUAAGAAGAAGGAUGUGAAGGACCAAGGCUGUUACCUGGGCCAGAAAAGAAAAACUUGCCUGGAAUCCCCAGCGUCCUUGCAUUCCUCUCUCAUGACCUUGGAGUUCAAGUUGCAGCUGGAGACUGCCACUUGCCAGCUGUGUGUGACAUUAGACAAUUCACUUAAUGUCUACGUCUCUGUUUCUUCAUCUGUAAACUAACAGAUGUUCACAGUAACAACUUCGCAGGGCUGUUGUGAAGUUUAAAUGGGUGAUGAUAUUGCCAGA